AGUGCUCUUGAAGGUCCCAGAUGGUACAUUCCAGAUGCCUGGUCUCAGAGACGUGGAAUUAUAUCUGGGGAAGCCCCCACUCCACAAGCUGCCCAGGCAUGAUGUGGUGGCUACUUCUCUGGGGAGUCUUCCAGGCUUGCCCCACGCAGGGCUCUGUGCUCUUGGCCCAGCAGAUACCCCAGCAGCUGACAUCCCCGGGGUACCCAGAGCCAUACCUCAAAGGUCAAGAGAGCACCACUGUCAUCGAGGCUCCAGAGGGCUUUGCUGUGAAGCUGGUCUUCCAGGACUUCGACCUGGAGCUAUCCCAGGACUGUGAGCGGGACUCUGUCACAAUCACAGCCAGUGGAAAAGAUCCAAGCCAGGUGGGCUCUCCUCUGGGCAGCCCUCCUGGUCAGAGGGAGUUUGUGUCCUCGGGGAACAGUUUGCGGCUGACUUUCCGUGCACCUGCCUCCUCUGAGGAUAAGACAACUGGCCUCCACAAGGGCUUCCUGGUCCUCUACCAAGCCGUGAGUCCUAUAGGUAUGAACCAUAGUCAGCCCAUCAGCCAGGUUAGUGUGGACUCUCAGGCCACACACAUACCUGGAGACAACUUCUCCCAGAUCCAGAACCACUGCCAGGAGCCCUACUAUCAGGCGCUGCCAGCAGAGACACUCACCUGCGCAGCCCAGGACCCUGGGGAAGAGACACAGGACAGGGAGGAGGUUCCUCACUGUGUGCCUGUAUGUGGACAGCCAGUCACCCCCUUCGCUCAGAACCAGGAGGCCCAGGGUUCUUCGAAAGCUAAGUUGGGCAACUUCCCCUGGCAAGCCUUCACCAAUAUCUAUGGCCGUGGAGGUGGGGCCCUGCUGGGCGACAGAUGGAUUCUUACUGCUGCCCACACCAUCUAUCCCAAGGACAGCGUCUUUCCCGGAGAGAAGAGGAAGGUGGACGUGUUCCUGGGCCACACAGACAUAGAUGAGAUGAUGAAACUGGGAAACCACCCUGUGCGCCGUGUGGUUGUGCACCCAGACUACCGUCAGAAUGAGUCCUACAACUUCAAUGGGGACAUCGCCCUCCUGGAACUCCAGGAAAGAGUCCCCCUCAGCCCCCACCUCCUCCCCAUCUGUCUGCCUGACAAUGAGACCCUCUACCGCAGCGGCCUAAUGGGCUAUGUCAGUGGGUUUGGUGUGGAGAUGGGCUGGUUAACUACUGAGUUGAAAUACUCAAGACUGCCGGUCACCCCAAGGGAGGCCUGCGAGGCCUGGCUUCGAGAGAAACAGAGGACUGACGUGUUUUCUGACAACAUGUUCUGUGUUGGGGAUAAAACACAGCAGCAGAGUGUCUGCCAGGGGGACAGUGGUGGCGCCUAUGUAGUAUGGGACGAUCGUGCCCAUCGCUGGGUGGCCACGGGCAUCGUAUCCUGGGGCAUUGGGUGUGGCAAAGGGUACAGCUUCAACACCAAAGUGCUCAACUAUGUGGACUGGAUCAAGGGAGUGAUGGGGGAGAAGGGCUGACCUGGGUGUGCUGAGCAUUGGCACCAGCACUGUGGAGGCCCCAGGCAGGAGAGGGUUGAAAGUGAAGACUGGGCCCUGUGGGUGGGGAGAGGGGUGGUCAGGGAAUCUCUGUUCAAGUCACUGAGAGAACUCCUCCUCUGCUCAAGGCGGACCCCAUCCCAGAAAGGAACGGUGUCCCCCAGCCCCUCCUCUCCCUCCACCUCCCUGUGAGUUUGUGCUCUGCCCAGUUUGUGCUAUGCCCUGUACAUCGCAGUGAGUUUCACUUGCAACUUCAUCUUCUGCUGACACAGAUUCAUCUGUCUCUCCUGGGAGAGAGCCACCCUCUCAUCCCCCUGUUCAAAUGGUGUACAGGGGAAGUGGUCAUCAUUGCAUUUCAUCUCAAACAUUCCAAAGCCUCCUUAAUUGACCUUCAAAUAUUCAAACUGUCAGCUGCACCACCUACCACAACUCCUAGCUGCUAUUUCAGAGAUAGCUUGGUUUUUAUUAUCUUCUCUAUACCAGGCGCUUCACCUAUGUUAUUUCAUUGACUCUUCACACCAAGUUUGCAAAGGAUGUGUUAUGACCCUGAAGUUAAGAAAUACAAAGUGACUUGCCCAGAUGACACAGCUGGUCCAGAACUGCCAAGGCCAUGUGCUCUCCAGUGCACCUAGAUACCUCUCUGGGGUCCUCAGGACCUGCCAUAACACCCACUUUCCCUUCCCAAUCCCCACAUCCGUACAGAUUCUUGCUCCCUGGGAAUUCCUGCUUCAUACCUGGCUUUCUUGGGGCCCCAUCUCCUGCAGACACCCCAUCUUCUGAGCCCAGCCGUGGGCUGGAUGUUCCUACAGACACCCCCAUGCUGCUGGACACCCUGGGCCAUGCUCCACCUGAGAUGACCAACUCUUUAAUUUUUAUUAAGGACAUAAAGUGAUUUAAAGUAAAGGACACAAGUAAAAUACACUUGUUCAAAUAGAACUAGAAAAUGAAUAAAACAGAACAAAUUUUCUAGAAAAUCAAGUUAGCUAUAUAGUUAAAGGUUAAAUUUUUGAAAAAUUGGAUUCAAAUGUGUAAGUACAUUUGGCUAUUUCUAUUUUACAAACCUGUACAUAGGACAAAAGACUAUUAGAAAUAUUCUAAAAUAUCCAUCAGAGGUUAAGUGGUAUAAUUCUGGCUGUUUUG